AUGACGAAGGAAGCAUACAGCAAAAGAAGAAGAAAGGCGAUGAUCGGUUCUACUUCAUCGGAAAGCUCACCGGCGUCAGAAGAAGUAAUUGCGAGCAAUGAAGAUCUCCUUAUAGAGAUUCUCAGAUUCAACGUAAGUCUUUUAUAUGAAUCAUUGGAUGUUUACUUGGCUUUUGAUCCUACAAAAUCACCUCACUACAAAGUUGUUUUCUUUCAGCCCUGUUAUCAAUUUGAUAUCUACUCUUCCGAGACUGCGUCUUGGAAACAGAUUACUGUCGGUGAAUGUGAACCACUACGUGAUUGCCUUGAAGGUGUGUUUUGGAAUGGGGCAAUCCAUUGGUUGAGUCACGAGGAUGUUCACUUUAAAUUUGACGUUGAUGAAGAGAAGCUCAUCAAAACCCAUAAUCCUCCAAGUCCUAAAAUUCUUUCUGUGGACAAGACUAGGUAUUUUGGGGUAUGUGGUGGCCAUUUGCUUCUUAUUCAGAUGCGUUUGCGAAAUGCUAUGGGAUUCAGAAUCCUUGAGAUGGACAGGAUCUCCUUCCAUUGGAUCGUGAAAUGCCGCGUCAAUCUUAGACCCUUAAGUUCUGUAUUCCCUGAGAUAGACCUAGAUGACAGAAGCAGAAGAUACACAUUUCGUGUGCUCUGUGUUGUGAAGGGAGUCAGCGAAAAUGAUUUUGCGUUGGUGUUAGCUACUACUGGCAAAGUAGUUUAUUAUGAUCUCAAGGGCAAGAUAUCGAGGGUGCUUCUUGAUCAUUUGCCUCUACUUAACUUUCAUGCAUCAAUUUUUCACCGUUAUCCUUGUUCUCAAACUUAUCAAUUGGUUGAAAGUCUAUCCCCGUUUGAGAUAUCUAACAUGUUGGAGCCGAUGAAAUAA